UGGAAAUAUAUCACAGGAAUCAGAAAAGUCGACCUCAUCAAUUGCAUAAAAUAUAAUCUAUAUUCUCUAAUAAAAAAGAGUGUUCUUAGUAGUUACUCUGUACUGCUAAUCCUCAGCAUAUGCCAUUUUAUCACCAUGUUCAAGUUUUAACAGUGAUAAAAUAAAUAAUUGGGCAAACUUUCUCAGUCACCGCAGCUUGAUGCAAAGACGGACGGUUAAUGGUGUAAACCGCAACCACUAUACAUAAGUUAACUACACCUCCAACUCGAAUAAAUAUCACCGCGAAUCCCUUCGUUGCCGCUAGCAGAACACUGCACAGCUACAGCCUUACAGCUACCGUAUCCACACAGAAAAGCAAAACUAUCUGAUACUCAUCUAUCCUACUCAUGCUUACUCCAAGUGUCCCGAACCUAGCUCUUGACCAAGUGGAGAAAAAAGCCCCUUUAUGCCCGAAGCUAUACGAGUUCCCGGCGCUCCUCCGGUGCCUCUACAAACUCUACCGUGCCGACCUAAACUAGGGCCAGAGGAGCCGUUGUAUACUUAUACAAUCGGCUUUGAAAACGACGCAGUUCUCCUCCAGUCGGAACACUUUUACAACUCCCUCCGGCGGGUCUGGGCGUUGAUCUCUCCUAUCAAGACUUCGAGUCGGAAAAUGGCCCGCAUGCCCGGCAGCUAUGCACCGCCGUCCGGAGAAUUACUUAUCGCUGUAGGGACAAUAAUGAGAAGAAGAAGAAAGAUAAUGAAGCCCAGGCCCAAGAUGACCACACGCCGCAUGUUGUGCUGGGCUGCAUCGCACUCCGCGAACUCCCAUGUACACAUGCACAAGGAUAUGAACAGUGGCUGUGAAAAAGUGCCGCUACAGGCGCAAGCCAACCGUGCGGCCUCCCGGUCACACACUCAUCCUGACCCUGUCAGCAGCAACGCCGAUGACGACGGUAAGGCUCCGGCCAAUAUUGAUACUAAACCCGGCUCUAAAUACUGCGAGCUGAAGCGGUUAUAUGUCACGCCGGCGGCACGGGGGCUUGGGGUGGGCAAGGCGCUGGUAAACGCCAUGCUUGCCGUUGCCCGUCAGAUCGGAUAUGAAGAGGUAAGACUUGAUACGCUGCCGGAUAUGCGCGAGGCGAUUGCGAUGUAUAGGGGUAUGGGCUUUGGGGUGGUUGAGAAGUAUUAUGAGACGGCGAUUGAAGGCACGGUAUUUUUGGGGUUGAGGCUCUGAGAUAGGGAGCGAGUGGGGCCGUGGGUAUAUAUAUAUAUAUAUAUGUGUAUGUAUGUAACAUGACAUGGUUCGAGAUAUCAUUCUUUCCGUUGAUGACUGGUUAUGUUUACAUUUUUUCCUUAUUGACUGCCGGAGUGGGGUAGUUAGAUACUAUUAGCUACAUAGAUUUGACUGAGAGAAUAUUGAGGACAGACGACUUAAUUGCCUCGUUUGGAGUGAUGUGAUAUAGUUAUCAAAGUGCCACUGUCCCCCAUUCGCACCUCAUGGGUUCCUUUUAUUUUCCCACCUCCACUCCUUGGUCCCUACUAAUUAAGAGAUAUACGCAAG